AUGCAGCUCUUCCAAGUGCUGCCUUUACUUCUAUCGCUACCCCAAUUUCCAGUCUCAGCGCAUGCAGAGAUUACAAUACCUCCAGCAGAUCCACAGUCCAAAGCCACUGAUACACCAUCACCACAACCGGAACUCAUCCUGCGGCGCAAUGCGGAGAUAUCAUCCAAACUCGCAACAGCACCACCCCGCGGGGUCAAGAAAAUGAGCGCCGACGAAGGCGAGAAAUUCUUCCUUGACUACUGGGAUUUUACAACCCCGUCAUCAGGCAACGUAUCUGAACAGCACGCUUCUGACAUGGAAGGGUUCUCCCCGGCGCACUUUGUCGCCCAAUCGUACCCGUUCGGGCCGUCUUAUUCCUUAGACUCAGAUACAGACGCUGGAUUACUUCCUCGACAGGAUAGCGGGUACGCGAGAAAUGUUUUCGCAGCACGGAACUUCAUGUGUCCGCUCGGAACGUGGGCGUGCACAUCCAUCGGGCGAUCUGAUCGCUGCUGUGGGUCCGGGGAGACGUGCGAGAUCGUCGCUGAUACAGGGCACGGCACUGUGGGCUGCUGUCCUAGCUGGAAGAAAUGUUCAGGGAUGAUCGGGUCUUGUGUGUACAUUACUGUCAUCACGGUAACAAUUCAUUCGACGGUCAUGCUGUCGACAGUGACCUAUUCGACCAAGCCGGAGAACAGUGCUUCCACCACUAGUUCUUCCUCGACAUCCACUACGCACAGUAGCCAGUCUACUACUACCAAUGACAGCUUGGCACCGCCAGACCGUCCCACCGGCAUCUCAACUGUGACGAGCGCUACUCGCGGCGACGAUGUCUGUCCGACUGGGUUCUACGCCUGUUCCGCCGUCUACCACGGUGGUUGCUGUCGCACGGGACGAGACUGCGACACAACCUCCUGCCCAGUCACAGUUUCGACUACCAUUGUAUCAGAUGGCGUGACGAUUGUCGCUCCCGUCGCGACACCGACGGGACCAGCUGGCGGAAACCAAUGCGCCAGGGGCUGGUUUCACUGUGCCGACACAGUAGGUGGAGGAUGUUGUCCCGUGGGAUUCGCCUGUGGCACUAGCUGCACAGCAACUGACACUGCGGCUGCGACGACUGUCGCCAAGGCAGAAACGACAAGUAGUGAUGGUGUGAUGCUGCGGGUUGGCAGGAUGAUGUUGGGGAUGAUGUUUGGGAUUAUUAUUGAGCCGCCAUCAUGUCCGACGCUCCCCCCAAGCCCCUCCCCUUCGUCUACCAGUUCGCCGCCGGUGCGGUGGCUGGUGUCUCAGAGGUAUGUGUUCCCCGCUUUGGAAAGUCAUAUCGACGCGCUUCGUCGUGUCGGAAACCCCCACAAGUUGCUCCGGUCACUAAUGCGUCUCUCCCCGCACGAGCAGAUCUUGGUCAUGUACCCUUUGGACGUGCUCAAGACUCGAAUUCAGCUCCAGACAGGACCCGCUGUUGCCGGUGUGGAUCACUACAAUGGCAUGUUCGACUGCUUCCGUAAGAUCGUCAAGAACGAGGGUGCCUCACGUUUGUACCGUGGUAUCUCCGCCCCCAUCCUGAUGGAGGCUCCCAAGCGUGCGACCAAGUUCGCUGCCAACGACAGCUGGGGCGCCUUCUACCGCAACCUCUUCGGCGUUGAGAAGCAGACCCAAGGCCUAGCCACUUUGACCGGUGCCACCGCCGGAGCCACCGAGGCCUUCGUGGUUGUUCCCUUUGAGCUGGUCAAGAUUCGUUUGCAAGACAAGGCCCAGGCACACAAGUACAACGGCAUGCUCGACGUUGUGCGGAAGAUCGUGGCGGCCGAGGGCCCUCUGGCCAUGUACAACGGUCUGGAGUCAACCAUGUGGCGUCACAUCUUGUGGAACGCUGGCUACUUCGGCUGUAUUUUCCAGGUGCGCGCACAGUUGCCUGCCGCCACACCCGGCAACAAGAACGAACAGAUGCGCAAUGACCUGAUUGCUGGUACCAUCGGUGGUAUCACCGGUACUAUCCUCAACACCCCUAUGGACGUGGUCAAGUCCCGCAUCCAGAACACCAGCAAGGUCGCCGGACAGACUCCUAAGUACAACUGGGCCUGGCCUGCUCUUGGCACCGUCAUCAAGGAGGAAGGUUUCUCAGCCCUGUACAAGGGUUUCACUCCUAAGGUGCUGCGUCUCGGCCCUGGCGGUGGUAUCCUGCUUGUUGUCUUCACUGGUGUCAUGGACUUCUUCCGCAAGGUGCGCGGCGAGUAA